AUGUUCGAACUGCUUUUAUAUAAAUUAGCAGUUUCAAAAAAAAGUAUUCCACCAGUGUUAACAUUAAAUAAUCGAAUAUUUAGUGAAUUUGAUGAAAUUGCUAAUUUAAUUGAACUUAAAGGAUUACUUAAAGUAGAAAAUGAAGGAAAUUCAAUAGUGGAUAGUUAUUCUAUUUUAUGUACUGAAACACUUGGAAGUUUAAUGAAAUAUUUUUUAUUAUGUGAAAAAUCUGGAUCGACUUUAUAUCAAUCAUUUACAUCUGUCUAUCCAUGGCCACUUGGUUUAAUACUUUUUUUAAUAUAUCGAAAUCGUACAAUAAAAAAUUUAAAAGUAAAAGAAAUUUGGCCAUUAACUUAUGAACAAGCUUUAAUUAAAUUUGAAACAACUGUUAAAGCUCUUUCAAAUAAAAUUCAAGAGAUUAAUUCAGAUUAUUUAUUUGGUGAUGAUUUUACAAAAGCUGAUGCUCAUCUCUAUGGUCAUUUAUAUACAAUUCUUCAUACAAAUAUUAGUGAACAUGAAAAUCUACGAAAUAUACUUGUUAAAUAUAAACCAUUAGUUGAUUAUGUGAAUAAUUUAGAAAGAGAUGUACAUGGAUUAACCAUUUUAGUUUCAUGA